CCCCAUGGGUGGCUUCCAAGCUGAAGAAGCCUCCGGGCGGCGGCGGCCGGGCCCGGCCGGGCGGCAACUUCUCCGGCCGAGUUCCCGCCUCCCCCCUCGCCCCCAGCUCCCGCCCGCCGCCUUCGCUUUCGAUUCCCCAGCCGGCAGGCCGAGCUGCUCCGCCCCGGCCCUUUAGUUUUCGCUUCCUCAGCCGGCAGGCCGAGCGGCUCCGGCGGCCGCCCCGCGCUGCCCCGCGCCGAGGCGCACGAUGAGCGACCCGGCGGUGUGCUGCUUCCUCACCCGCACCCUGUGCGCCCAGGGAGGGCGGCUGGCCAUGCCGGAGCUCCAGAAGCACGUCGGCCUCUCGAUGCAGCAGCUGGAGGAGACGCUGUCGGCGGCAGGUCCCCAGCGCUUCCUGGUGCUGCGGGACGGCAGCGGCGGCGCCGAGGUGCUGGCCGUGUCGGCCGUGCGGGUCUGCACCCGCCAGCAGUGCGGGGGCUGCGACCGGCUGCACCUCUGCAAGCUGCACCUCAUGGGCAGGUGCAACCGGGGGCCCAGAUUUUGUAAGUACUCCCAUGAUAUCAUCAAUGCUGAGAACAAAAAAGUUCUAAAGACUCAUGAGCUGUCUGGCCUCGAAGAAAAUGAGCUGCAAGUCCUGCUUCUCCAGAAUGACCCUUUCUUCCUCCCUGAUGUCUGUCAGUUUUACAACAGAAAGGAUAAUGUCUGCAACCAGCAAAGCAACUGCAACAAGCUUCAUAUUUGUGGACACUUCCUCCAGGGGCAGUGUAGAUUUCUCUCAUGCAAGAGGUCCCAUAACCUUUUGGAUAGCCAUGCCUUGAGAGUUUUGGACACUGGAGGCAUUAGCAUGAACAUAGCUUCAAACAUCCAGACUAUAUGUAGUCACAAGCACGUGGCAUUCAACAACGAUCUGAAGCAGCAGAAAAUGUACAAGCCGAGACCAAAUUUGAGAAUAAAGACAUAUACAAAGAGUCAGGAACUGAUGGUACCUUCACAAGCAGUGAGCUCCGUGUCGCGUGUGCCACCUUCAGAAGGUCCUGGUAGUGAUGUACCUGAUCAGAGCCAACACCAGUUGCCAGCAGGAGCCAGAGGUGGUGAAGACAAAGAUAAAAAAGAUGAUUCCUCUGCAAAAGCUUCAGAGGAAGCCAAAGAAGAAAACUAUGAUGAGAUAUGUGUGUACAACAUCUGGAAGUACUGCAAAAACAAUGAUAAAUGCAGAUUUAUUCAUUACCAUUUGCCAUACCGAUGGCAGGUUUAUAAUGGGAUCACCUGGAAUGACCUUGCCAUGAUGGAGGAAAUUGAGAAGGCCUAUUGUGACCCAAAAAACACCAGCAUAGCACAUAGGAGCAUUAAUUUCCAGGCAAUGACUGCUGGUGAUUCAUUGCUUCGGCGGCUCUCUACAGUGUCAUCAGUCACAAAACCCACAUUUGUCCUGACCACGAAGUGGAUUUGGUAUUGGAGGAAUGACCAAGGCCAGUGGAUUGAAUAUGGAGAACAGGGAGAAGGGGACAGUGUGAACUCGCCAUCUUCUGAUGUUAUUGAGGAUUUGUAUCUAGCAGAUCCAGCUGCCACCAUACCUUUCAAGGCUGGCUUGUUCAAUUACCAGCUGAAUUUUAAAGAUAUGAUCCAAACAAACACCUCUUUUAAAACUCAAAGACUGGUCCGCAGGCGACCAAAGUUUGUGUCUUCUGAAGAUGUGCAGAAGAUAAAGAAAGGCCUGAGGGAUUCUUCCAUUCCAAAUAAAACCUGCCCUGUCCACUGGGAUCCAUCUGCACAGCCUGACUUGGGAUACAAGGCAGUGGUGAUCAGUAAUACAACGUAUGAAUACAACAAAAUAAAGCAGCUGUUUCUUCAGACUAUGAGAAGCUACAAUGUCCUUAAAAUACAGAGGAUUCAGAAUCCAUCCCUCUGGAAAGUGUUUCAGUGGCAAAAGGAGCAGAUGAAAAGGCAAAAUGGAGGGAAGGAAGUAACUGAAAGGCUCCUGUUCUUUGGAACCAACAUUUCCUUCAUAGAAACCAUCUGCAUUCACAACUUUGACUGGAGAAUUUGUGGAAGCAAUGGAGCUAAUUACGGAACUGGAAGUUACUUUGCUAGAGAUGCUUCCUACUCCCAUGCAUACUGCCAGCCUGCAGGGAAAACAAACACCAUGUUCGUGGCUCGUGUGUUGGUUGGAGAGUAUGUUAAAGGCAACACAGCCUAUGUUCGCCCCCCAAUGAAGUCUGGUGACAAGCAUCAGUUUUAUGACAGCUGUGUGGACAAUGAGUUUAGUCCCUCCGUUUUUGUUGUCUUUGAAAAAAAUCAGAUUUACCCAGAGUAUACAAUAGAGUAUAAUAAGGAGGAGAAGAAGGAGGAGAAGAAGGAGGAGAAGAAGGAGGAAAAGAAGGAGGAGAAGAAGGAGGAGAAGAAGGAGGAGAAGAAGAAGGAGGAGAAGAAGGAGGAAAAGAAAUGUAUUGUGUCUUAGAGAGAUCACAGCUGUUUAUCUUUUCUGUUUUGCAGGUGUUCUCACACCUGGCAACCUCUUUUUUUCAAAUACAGUCCUUUGGAAUGUUAAUCCAAAGACUUUCUGUAUCGAGGAGGGCUGGCAAGUCAGAUGUUGCAUUUGUUGAGACUAAUUGCCUUGUUUUCUCCUCUUCCUCUCGUAGGUGUAGCAUAGACUUUUGCAUACCCACAGCAGAAAAAUCAGUCAUGGGAUGGGAAAGCAUGUUGCAACUUUGGGUAAUUGUAAAUUGUGAUUGUAAUUGCAUUUUCUUAGAAACAGAGAGGACUUCUCUUUACAAACAAUUCAGUUAAGAGGAAAAUUAACAGUCCAGUAGUUUUUAGGCAAACUCUACUAUUUUUAUUAGUCAAAGAUUCUUUUCAGUACAGAAUAUGGCUGUUCUUGAUCCUCUUGUCUAUCACAAUUUUAAACAAGUCACUGUACGUAAGAAUGACUUGACAGUUUCUCAAGUGCUGUUUAUUAGUGCUGAUACUAGCUUCAAGUUUAAAGUGGUAAAACAAAACCAGUUCACAAAGCUUAUUUUAAAUCCACGUUGUAAGUUGUCAAGCGGAAAAGUUUCCGCUUUAUGAUGGCAGUUGCUGUUCAGAUCAGAAAAUUGCUGGAGUUGGAUCAAAUUCUUUUUGCACAUCUGCAGUAGCUUGCUUUGAGACCUAUACAGAAACAGAGCACAAGUGAAAUUGUGCAGAUCACAACCUAUGAAUAAGCAGGUACUAAAACUCGGUGGUUUGGCUACAACUGAUGCCACAGGUACAUAAAGGCUGUGUCACAGCCAACCAGGCUUUCAGCUGAACGUGGCCACUGAUUUUUCUCAAUAUGAACGUUUGUUUAGCAAAUGCUAUAGGGCAGGAGAAACAUCUUGAGAAGCACUGCUAUUUUCUGUCCUAUUUGCAUACAUUAAUUUUCGCUGUUCCAGAAAUAUGCCAUGCCUGGAAGGGACCAGUUAGGCUCUCUCAAGGCCAGUGGUAGAACUGCUGUCCUAAGACACUUCAUUUACGUGUUUUGUUGCCACUGUUGUGUUGGGCAACUCGCUGGGAACUCGCUGACAGGUGUAGUUUGUGUUUCGGGGUGUUUGUGGGUGAUCCUGGAUACUGCUUCCCUGGACUGUCAGUGAUGUACGACCCUAGUAACAGGGGUUAAGCCUUUUAUUAUUACUUGCUUUUUAUUGUCUUAAAAAUAUAGAAACUGUAGUGAGUUUUAAUAAGGAAUUUGUAAGUUAACCGAACUGAAGACCCUCUGUACAAUGAUGUCUUACUCAGGCAGUCUAGCUGUUAAGAGGGAAACUUGCUGAGGACAGAGCAGAAGUGAUUUCUCCUUUCAGACAAGCUUUACAGCAACACCAGUAGCCUCCCAGUUAUUUGCAUCUUUGUUACAAACCUGUCAAUCUCAUGUACUACUCAAAGUUUGCAAGUUACCCAAAGCACAAGAAAAUAUUUAAAACUACGAAAUCUGAUUAAAAUUACUGUCUUAGAACUAAAUGAAACAUCAGCAAUGCAUUAAAAGUGGAAGAUUUUACUACUUCUAAAAGUCUCUCUCACUUUUGUUUGCCUGUGGAGUUCCUGAAUCCUUGAAUUUUGCCAUAUAUUUGCAAAUAAAAUGUUUAGAUUUCCUUU